UCUGUGACUUUGAACAAGUGAACAAUUAAAAUCGUUUCGCUUUACGCUUGUUAGUUAGUCGUAACUCGUACUUGACUGUAAUAUUUUUAAAUGCAUUUAAUUCAAUACUUGUAAACUUUGAAAUUUUAGCGCAAUUUAGAAUAGUGUAUAUAAAUUAUUAUAAAAGCGAACGAAAGUUUAAUCUGUGAUAUGUUUAUUCAAGAUCUAGAAUUACAGCUGAUGUUUUGUUUGUUAUUACAUUAAAUAGUUCUUACUAUUUAAUAUUAAGAUUUCCUAAAUCUGGACGUGUAUCAGUUAAAAGUAGGCCCAUAUUGCCAUGACAACGGUGUUCUAACUAUGAAGUGAUCAUGUCAAAGGUCCUGUCUGCAUUGGGCGGAGCCCUCCCCGAUGAGAGACCUUUACUCUCCCUUCAGAUUGUCGAAAGUGUAGCUAAGUGUCCAACAGGGUACUGGCCAGUGAGCCGGACGUAUGAUGAGGAUGCCGAUGCUGGCCUUCUGCGCCAGACAGGUUUAUUUGGAAAGAAGCCGAGUCAUUAUAUAUGCUUAUCAAAAUCAGAAGGUGUACCUGGGUACGUAAUGGAUGGGGUGGUAGUAGUGGGUGAGAGAGAAGCGACUCCAGCAGGGUACAGUGUAGCGGGGCGCGCUGGGAAGCGGCGGCUAUGCACCCGAGUGUCAAGAGUGGUCUCUGCACCGCAUCCAGCUCCCACUGUGACUGACGUUAUUGUUUGUUCGAGGAUGCGGUCGGCACCACAGGGCUUUUUACUUGCCGGAGAAAUAAAUGGCAAAGUAGUGUGCUAUAAGGUUAGCGGGGGGAGUGGCGAGACAUCACCCACGCAUCAUGCGGAAUAUGAAAAUGUCAUUUCUAAUAACACGCCCGAAGCUAAUAGGAGUGUCUCGACAUUUGAACAAUUUAAAUUGCUGUGGAAUGGAUGUUCGGGGUUACGACAAGUCCCUGAACGCCCACCAAAGCUGUCACCGCUCGUGUCAGACCUCAACAAUUUGAAUCUGAAAUCUCCUACAACGUACCCAAAAAUCGAGGAAUUCACAAGCGAUCACGAUUAUGAAGCCCUAAGUCCGUCAUAUAACAUUAAACCAGUGAGACCAGCGCCUCGACCUCCGAAUAAGUCUCCGAUCCCCCACAGGAGCCCUGGGCCUUUGUCCCCGGGGCCUCAUGGGAGGAAAAAGGGGCCAGCGCCUUUGCCAAAAGCCUCGAACUAUCAGACCCUCGGUGGUUAUAAUGGAUUAGAGGGAGUUCCGUUUGUACUGAAUUCGAAGCUACGUGGUUUGCCGAGUGAUACUUUGAACCAGUUUCCAGUGAUAAAGAAACGAAAUCGUUUUGACUUGGACCGUGAUUAUUCCUAUGCAUUCACCGUGGAGCGACAAACGUGAAUAAUUAUUUUAAAUGAAAUACUUUUUGGAUUACGUGCUAUAAUCAAUGUUUUACUGACGUACUGACGACUUACUGAGAAAUAAUAUUAAUUACUCUUUUUUUACGUGACUUUAAUGAGAGGAAAUGUUGCAUGAUGUAGGCGCGUAUUACAAUUUGACUAUCGUACGUACGUACAACGUUCGUAGCAAGCAUGGUUGUUGGUAAGAACAUGUUUGAUUCGGUAAAGCGUAUUUUCUCGAAGACUUAUUAUGCGAAAGUUUUCUAUACAAGACUCUUCAACAGAUAUGAUAUUUAAUUUAAAUACAUAUUAAUAAAAUAAUACUUUACCAAGCUUUUAUGUGCGGAAUACCAGUUAGUUAUUGCUACGGAUAGUAUAUUUAUAUAUAGAGUGCGUUAGUGUGGUGAAUCUAUGCAUUAUGAAAAUAAUUGUAUGUCUCAAAACCUUUAAUUAUGGUAUAGCUAUAUUUAAAUGCAAUACUCAAUCUUUUCUGUAUAUAUUUCCUCCCUUUUGGGAUAGCAAUUUUUUGUGGUUUGUUAAAGUAUAGAAUUGGUAAACGAUUGUCUUGCACUUCCUGUUUUAAAUAUUGACGUAUGAUAUUUUUGAAUGUUAUUAUUUGUUUUUUUCUUAUGAAUUGUUGUGUCGUCGAUAUUUAGUACCGUAACUCUGUAACUUAGGUCAAUGUUGCUACAUGAGUGCUACGGAUAUUGAUAGGUCUUAUUUGGAAAGUUACACGGUAGCUACAAGUCUAUGAGGGUAGUGGCGUCAAUUAUGUUUAACGCCAUCUAGCGAGCGUGAAUGGUACUUUAAACUUAUCGUAGAAUUGAAGACUUGUUUUAACACUCAUGAAAUAGCCAUAUCGUUGUGAUAUUUUGAAUGUUUGUCUUCAAUUUGAGAUCCAAGUUUAAAGUUACAUUUUGUUCUAUCUUUAAAUUAUUAGAAAACCACAAAGUUUAGUCGAAAGCUUCACAGACAGUGAAGUUUGGCGAAGAUCUGUCAUUAAGUGCUGGCCUGUAUCUAAUCUGUGGCGUCGUUAUGCGUCAAAACGUUUUUGCGCUUUCUCCCUCAAAGGCCGGCCAGCCAUAAAAUGGGUGUUCAUGGGCUGCUAAGACUACCCUUUUUGGGCGGCCCUCUGUCCUUUAA